CACCCUGGCUGUGCCGGGGGCUCCCCUAACCCGGUCUCGGCGUCCUCUGGCUCUCCCUUCCCGCCCUCCCCGCUCAGGGUUGCCCCUGUCCGGGAGCAACGUGUCUGACUGUCCCACCGGACUCCAAGCCCUGAAGAAGUCACAGCUGUCAGUAGCAAUGCCUGCUUGGGAUGCAAGUGGGGCAUGGCUGAGAACGAGUGAGUCAGUGUCAGUGGGCUGAGUCCGCCCACGCUUACAGGGGAGGCGUCCUCUGAGGUCUCGCCUUCCUCCUCCCUCGCUUCCCCUCCCCCACCUCCUUUGAUCAUCACUGAGCCCGGUCUGGAGUCUGGGAAGUGCUCAAGAGGGCCUCGGAACAGUACAACUUAAAGUCAAAGUCUCCCAGGCUCCAGAUGGACCCUGGGAAGGACGAGGAAAGUCGGCCACAGCCCUCAGGACCACCCACGAGGAAGAAGUUUGUUAUCCCUCUGGAGGAAGACGAGGUGCCUUCUGCAGGGGCCAAGCCCCUAUUCAAAUUGUCGCGGAACCCUGCCACCCCUGCAACCUCAGCCCAAGCGGCACCGCAGAUCCAGCAGACUUACGCUGAGUAUGCGAUCGCCCAGCCUCCAGGAGGGGCUGGGGCCAUGCUGCCCACAGGCUCUGAACCCGCAACAGCAGAGAACCCCAGCCAGCCCCUGAAAACUGGAGCAAAAUCCAGCAGCAUCAUCGUGAGCCCACGGCAGAGGGGCAACCCCGUGUUGAAGUUUGUACGCAAUGUGCCCUGGGAAUUCGGUGAGGUGAUUCCAGAUUACGUGCUGGGCCAGAGCACCUGCGCCCUGUUCCUCAGCCUCCGCUACCACAACCUCCAUCCAGACUACAUCCAUGAACGACUGCAGAGCCUGGGGAAGAACUUCGCCCUUCGUGUGCUCCUGGUCCAAGUGGAUGUGAAAGAUCCCCAGAAGGCUCUUAAGGAGCUGGCUAAGAUGUGCAUCUUAGCUGACUGCACCCUGGUCCUGUCCUGGAGUGCAGAGGAAGCAGGGCGGUACCUGGAGACCUACAAGGCGUAUGAGCAGAAGCCCGCGGACCUCCUCAUGGAGAAGCUGGAGCAGAACUUCCUGUCGCGGGCCACGGAGUGUCUGACCACCGUGAAAUCUGUGAACAGGACGGACAGCCAGACCCUCCUGGCCACAUUUGGAUCCCUGGAACAGCUGUUCACCGCAUCAAGGGAGGAUCUAGCCUUGUGCCCGGGUCUGGGCCCCCAGAAGGCCCGCAGGCUCUUUGAAGUACUACACGAACCCUUCCUCAAAGGACCUCGAUGACCUGCCCGGAGGCCCAGGGUCACAAUAAAGCAUUUUCCAAGUCCA